UCCAGGUGGGGGAUCCAUGGAUUUAAGAGGCUUUUCCCAGUUCUAGGACGGUCACGGCUGGGGUGGGGGGAUUGAAAUGAGGCUGCUCUGGAGGACUUUUCUGUUUCCUUGAGUCGUUGCCACCUGGGGAAAAGUCCUGAUUUCCGUGGGAAGGAGAGCGCUGCUCUAAUUGUGUCGCGCUCCCGCCUCCAAUUCCCGGGGCAAUCCCGCCUGCCAGCCGGGAGGGAAGUUUGGAGACGGGGCCGUGCGUGUCCCCGGAGCGGGUCAGACCCCCCGGGAGAGGAUGGAUUGGUGCUCCAGGGGCUUUGGGGAGGGGAGCUCCGAGCCCAGGCCGUGUCCUUGGAAGCGGCCCCGUUGUCCUGGGGCUGUGCCGGGUGUUUGUCCGUCUGUCCGUCCGCACAGCUUCUCGUGCUACUUGUCCCAGUCCAAAGGGCUCGGAGAGCAAGCAACUGGCAGGGCCAUUUCCCAUCUGGGGCUGGGUGUUGCUACAGGGCCGGGGAGAACUUUGGGAAUUUGUAACUUUUAGUUCCAGUUCCUGCUUGGGAGGCCUCAGGCUCAGCCAAAAUCAGGGAAAAUAACUGUGGAAAUAAGAGCUCCCGAUGUUUUCUUCUGGGUUCUCUUAAAAUAACAAGGAGUGAGGAAUCCACCACUCCCUGCCCAUUAUCCCAUUGGCAUUGAUGGGGUGGCACGAGUAGGAAUUACAGAACCAGCUCCUCCAAUUGAUUUCCCUCAAAUUACUCAUCCAGUAAUUAAUUCCUGGCUCUCGCUCCUCGUUGUCCGUGGACUGGGGUCCAGCUUGUUCCCUGGUUUCCCUGGGAAGCGGAGGGAGUGGUGCCAGCAUUUCCCAUGCUCACCCCUCAGACCUCAGACAAUUGGCCUUUAUUUUUUUUUUUAUUAGAAAUUCCUGUUUUCAGGGAUUUCUGAGGAGCCCAGGAGGGAAAAGCCUUUCCGAAUGAAAUCCCUCCUCAUUACGGUGCUGCUGUUCCCGUCGUGCCGAGCCCACGGAUCCCCCAGCGCGGCUGAAAAGCCAAAUUACGGCUUCCAUGGAAAUAAAGCUGCAGGAUGCGUUUUCAGACCACAAUUCCUGCACAACCCCGCGCUGGGGAGGGAGAUUCCAGCCCAAAUUGUUGUCAGCUCGUGGAGUGAAUGGAUGCUGUGGGGCGGGAAGGGGAAUUCCGGAGUGCUUGGCUCUGUUUUUGCUGCCUGGAAUUGUCUUCGGCUCUGGGAUUGACCCCGGGAUGUCCUUGACCCUGGGAUGGCCCUCAGCCCUGGGAUUGUCCUGGCCCUUGGGAUUGUCCUCAGCCCCAGGGAUGUCCUCAGCCCCGGGGUGCCCCCUCCACGUCGGUGACACAGAUGCCAGGGUGGGAACAGCGCCAGUGUUGUGACACCGGCCCGUGUUGUCCUUAUUUUGUGCAGCCCCUAUAACUAAUUAACUGAUCCCUCCCUGACUGGAACUGCCUCGAGUUCCCGUGGUGCCCGUGGCACUCAAGGACACGAGGCACCUCUUCAGCAGCUCUGGCAAUGUGCAGCCCAGGCUCCUUGGGCUUGGCCCGUUCAGGAGCACUUUAAUGUUAAAAUUUUGGGUUCGGAAGGGAACGACCGAUUUGUGUUGGCUCAGGAAGCUCUGUGGGAUGGAGGGACCCCCUGAUGGGGCUGCUGCAGCUCAGCUUUCCUUAUCAAGGAGACAAUUAAUCUCCCAAAUUGUCCCUGGUUUAAUUGUUCUCCACAGCAAAUGCUCCGUUCCUGACCCAGCCAACAGCCAAUUAGAGCAACUGCACACAGCACAGCUCCUGUCUCCAAAACUGGGCUCAUUUGGGGUUUUAACAGCUGGGAAUCGAUAAAUAAAAGCCAUUUGAGCAUCUGAAACCUUGGGUAUCUCUGUGGGGUGCCAGGAAACACAGGACAUGGCCGAUUUUCCUUGGAUUUCAGGGUUGGCCCUCGUGAGGCCGCACACGGGGUGUUGGUGUUCUCUCCUUGCCCAAAAUCUUGAUUCUUUUUGUGGAUAAAAUGAAAGGGAGACACCUCAGCAGCUUCCAGAGGCUGAUCCUGACUGGGCUCUGCUUUCUCUUCCAGCCAGAGCCCUCAAAGAUGGAUAUAGAAGACUGUAACGGGCGAGCCUACAUACCUGGAAUCUGCUCUUCCUGGAAGGUGAGUGGCUGCGUGCGCCCUGCCAGCGACGCAGACAUGCACACGCAGCCCGGAAUCCAGCGCUGUUUCCAAGGAGUUGGAUGUGAUAACACUCCAGGGUAUCUCCAGCAAGGCAGUGGGGAUUCCUCGCUGGAGAAGGAAUUCACCUCGGCGAUCGUGGGCCCCGCGGUGAGCACCCCCAACAGCCAGCACUCCUCCCCGAGCCGCUCCCUCAGCGCCAACUCCAUCAAGGUGGAGAUGUACAGCGAUGAGGAGUCCAGCCGGCUGCUGUCGCAGGACGAGCGGAUGCUGGAGAAGGAGGACAGCGUCAUCGUGGAGGACUCGCUCUCGGAGCCCCUGGGCUACUGCGACGGGGCGGGCCCGGAGCCGCACUCUCCCGGGGGAAUCCGCCUUCCCAACGGGAAGCUGAAGUGCGACAUCUGCGGCAUGGUUUGCAUCGGCCCCAACGUGCUCAUGGUGCACAAGCGCAGCCACACCGGAGAAAGGCCCUUCCACUGCAACCAGUGUGGAGCCUCCUUCACCCAGAAGGGAAACCUCCUGCGCCACAUCAAGCUGCACUCGGGCGAGAAGCCCUUCAAAUGUCCCUUCUGCAACUACGCCUGUCGCCGGCGGGACGCGCUCACCGGCCACCUCCGCACGCAUUCCGUCUCCUCCCCCACCGUCGGCAAACCCUACAAGUGCAACUACUGCGGCCGGAGCUACAAACAGCAGAGCACGUUGGAGGAGCACAAGGAGCGCUGCCACAGUUACCUCCAGAGCCUCAAUCCCGAGCCACAGGCGCUGCCUGGCCAGCAAGCUGAGGAGAUGCGGGACCUGGAGAUCGUGCCCGACUCCCUGCUCCACCCCUCGGCCGAGCGGCCGACCUUCAUCGACCGCCUGACCAACAGCUUCACCAAACGGAAACGCUCCACGCCGCAGAAAUUCGUGGGGGAGAAGCAGAUGCGCUUCGCCCUCUCCGAGCUCCCCUUCGACGUGAACUCCAGCUUCGAGAAGGACGUGGAGGUGGUCUCAGCCCACCACCCCCUCGACGCCUCCUACGGCGGCCCCCUGUCCCUGCUGGGGGGGGAGCACCUGCGCUCGCUCCGCCUGCCCCCCACAAACUGCAUCUCUGAGGUCACCCCCGUCAUCAGCUCCGUCUACACGCAGAUCCAGGCGCUGCCGGCACGGCUGGAGCUGCCAGGGGGCCGGGAGGCGGCCGAGGGCCACGAGGAGGUGCCCGACGGGGUGUCAGUGGUGUUCCGGGCCCGGGAGCCCAGCGGGUCUCCCUCCAACGGCUGCCAGGACUCCACGGACACGGAGAGCAUCCACGAGGAGCGGAGCUCGCAGCUGGCGCCCGGGAGCAGCCGGCACAGCCCAGCCUAUGCCAAAGAGGAGCCCAAGGGGCCGGAGGGACCCCCGGGCGCCCGGUGCACCCCCAGCUCCGCCAAAGAAUCCCUGCGGGUGCUCAACGAGGACGGAGAGCAGCUCCGGGCCUUCAAGUGCGAGCACUGCCGGAUCCUCUUCCUGGACCACGUCAUGUUCACCAUCCACAUGGGCUGCCACGGCUUCAGAGACCCUUUCGAGUGCAACAUCUGUGGCUACCACAGCCAGGACCGGUACGAGUUCUCCUCCCACAUCGUGCGGGGCGAGCACAAAAUCGGCUGAACCUCCUCCGGGCCCCCCAGCCCAGCCCACCCCCCUCCUCAGUUCUCCCCCCUGUCUCUAGCGCAGCCCCUCCAUCCCUAGGGCAUGGAACUGUUGGUUUUUCUUUUAUACUCCUUUGCACUGACUUUGGCUACAAAAAGUAUUUAAAAAAAAAUUUUUUUCAAUAAUUAAAAAAAAAAAAAAAACAAACCACAAACCAACCGGCCCCGCCGAGGGGGAGCCCUUAAUCUGCCUUUUUAUAAACGGAGUUAUUUAAAUAUUGAAUAUUAAUGGACUUUUUUGUGCUUUCCCCCCACCUCCCAAACCUCUCUCCGUUAUUUAUUAAGCUUUUGAGUUUCCCUUUUUAUAACUCUGUCGGGUCUUUUACCCAAAGAAAGUCUCACUUGAACUUUUGAGACUGUUCCCGCCUGUCCUGCCCCAUCGGCUCCUCUCUGAGCCCAUUCCUUGGUGCGAGCCCGGCAUUGCCCGUCCCCAUUCCCGGGCAAACUGAACCUCAAAUUAGGUGCUAAACCCCCCCGGGACCCCCCCAGUCCCCAGCCUGACCCUUCCCAGCCCGGCAGGAGCCACUGCAUCCCGAGCUUUGUCUGGGAAACCCCCGGAGUGGGAUGUGGGGACUCCCAGGCACCUUCCCAGCUCCCCUCUCGUGGAGUUCAGAGCCCCCUGACCCCACGUGGGGGCAAUGGGGGUCCAUGUCCUCCCAAAAAAUGAAGGAUGAGCGUCCGGGGGCAGAUCCAUCCUGUUCCUGGGAUCUCCUCCUUCUCCUCUUCCUCGGCACAGGCCGGAAUCUGCUGCAGGGCAGGACCCCCCCGGGGGACCCCAGAUCCGGCGGGACCCCCCCGGGGGACCCCAGGUCCGGCCCCCCCUUGCUCCCCCCAGCACUCCCAGGGGUCAGCGGGGUCUCCGUGCUCUCCUGGUGCUCCAGUUCCUGCUUGGAGCAGCCGGAAGCUGGAGCCUCCCAGGACCCCCACGUUUGGGACCGAUGCCCCCAGCACGCCCCUCUUCCCCCUGGGAUGAUCCUGGGGGAAUUGCCGGGAUCCAGGCGGAUUCCAGGGGUGAAUUCCAUUCCCGGUUAGGGGUUCCCAGUCCCACGGCUGGGGGGUCUGGGUGGGAGAAGGGGCCCCUCUGGGAUGGGAGAAGGGAUUCAGCAGCGAGAACCAAAAAUCCCGGGCUCAGCCCCCGCCCCUCGGAGCUGGGGGACCCCCAACCGCAGCCCCCCUGCCCAUGGGGACCCCUGGCUGCAGCCCCCCCUCCCCUUGGUGCUGAGAGCCCCCCAGCCCGUCCCCCCCGGCCCAGGAUGCAUAAAAGGCCCCUCGUGGCGCCCCCGAGGGCGAAACCAAAGCUGUUCCUUUGUACGGACACACACACACCUCAGGGCGGCCGCGCCCGCUGCCCCUCCCGCCUCUCUUUGGGAGAUUAUCCCAUUUUUGGGGAUUUUAUCCCUUGUUUUCCCCCUCCUUUUUGCUCUCCGUGACGGCCUCUGGUGGCGAGUGGAGGUGGGGGACGGCUGAAGGAGGGGGGGUCACCCCAUUCCCAGCCGCCCAUAACGGGGUGCCCACGGCACCUCUCUCCCCCCCAGCGCCCAAACCAACCCAAAAAAGGGGUUUUUUAAUCCAAAUCGAAGCUCUGCCGUUUCCAACCCCUCUUGGGUUGGUUGGUUGUUUUUUUUUCCCCCUCUUUCCGUUUUCUUUUUUUUCCCUGUCGGAGUCUGAAACAAAACUGUAGGAAUUUUGUAAAACCUCCAGGUCGCUUUAUCCCUGUAAAUAUCUAUUUUUUAAUCCGAUGGAUGAAGAACAAACGAGGAUGUGCAAUACCCCGCCCCUCCCCGGAGUUUUUUGGUUGUCUCUCGUUAAUGGAUUCGCUGUUGUCUUUGCUUUGCCCUUUUUUGUGAGGUUUUGACUCGCUUUUGGACACCCUCUGUCCCCUCUCCCCCAUCUCCCCGCCCCCAGGAGCUUUUGUAUCUGUAAAAUAUUGUAAUUAAUGAUUUGUGUAACGAGAUCUACUGUAAGUUUUGUACUGUACUGGCUGAGGGUCUGUUAUAAAUAAACCGGAGUAAUUUAAUGCCC